AAACAAACAGUGCCGAAGAUGGCGGAGAGUUAAUGGUGUAAAGAAGAAAUUAUCGAUCCCGCACAGAGAUACGUUCAGAAGCCAAUUACGUCACUCAAGAGACAGCCCAUUAGACGAAACACAAACGCUCGCUCACCAUGCAUCCCAUUAGACUCUAUUGACCGGCUCACACAAGACCGCACCCCCAGAGUGAGAGGGGAGGGGGGGAUCUGAUCGUCCAUCAUCUCGGCGCCGUCACAAGGUGCUGAUAUGUGUUCACGAUGAGCGGACUGGGGGAGAACUCCAUGGAGCCUCUGAGCUCAGAAAACCGGAAGCGUAAGCUCUCCACUUGUGACACGCCUGGUCUGGGGUGUGAGAGGAAGCGACGGGAACAGGAAAGCAAAUACAUAGAAGAGCUGGCUGAGUUGAUCUCCGCCAAUCUCAGCGACAUCGACAGCUUCAACGUCAAACCAGACAAAUGUGCCAUCCUCAAAGAGACGGUGCGCCAGAUCCGCCAGAUCAAAGAGCAGGGAAAAGCUUCAUCCAACGAUGACGACGUCCAGAAGUCAGACGUGUCCUCGACGGGUCAGGGGGUCAUCGACAAGGAUCACCUGGGGCCGCUCCUGCUGCAGGCUCUGGACGGCUUUCUGUUUGUGGUGAACCGGGAAGGCAGCAUCGUGUUUGUGUCGGACAACGUGACGCAGUACCUGCAGUACAAACAGGAGGAGCUCAUCAACACCAGUGUGUACAAUAUACUCCAUGAGGACGACAGGGAGGAGUUCCACAAGAACCUGCCCAAGACCAACAUAAAUGGAGUCUCGUGGGGAAGCGAAGCCGCCCGACAGAAAAGUCACACCUUCACUUGCCGGAUGCUGGUCAAGUUUGGCCAUGCCCAUGGCCCCAUGGAGGAGGGGCCAGGAGGGCCACGCUACGAGACCAUGCAGUGUUUUGCUCUCACUCAGCCCAAGGCCAUGAUUGAGGAGGGUGAAGACCUUCAGUCAUGUAUGAUCUGCGUUGCUCGUCGGGUGACAGCCAUGGAGAGAACGGAGAGUUUCAAUACCCGGCAUGAGCUAUCAGGAAAACUGAUCCAGAUCGACCAGAACUCUCUGCGAGCGUCGAUGCGUCCAGGCUGGGAGGAUUUGUUGAGGCGUUGCAUUCAAAUGUUUCUUCAGCACAGUGACGGGCAGCCCUGGUCACACAAACGCCAUUAUCACGAGGCCUUUCUGCAGGGUCACGCUGAAACACCUUUGUACCGCUUCUCUCUGUCCGACGGCACUCCAGUCACCGCGCAGACCAAGAGCAAACUGUACCGGCACCCCAUGAGCAACGAGCCACAAGGAUUCAUCUCCACUCACCUACUGCAGAGGGAACCCAACGGCUAUCGCUCCGCACAGGGUGGAGGCAUGAUGCAGAAUGCAAUGAGACAACAGGGCAUGGGAGGCCCGAACCCAAAUGCCCAAAUGAACAUGAACAGCGGUGGGGGGAUGGGGAUGGGAGGCAUGGGAGGCAUGAACAGGGGCUUCGGUAUGAACGAGCAAGGCCACAUGGGUCACAUGGGUCCAAUGGGAGGCGGAUCUAUGUACGGAGGAAACAGUGGGGGAGGAAGUGGUGGGAUGGGCAACCGCAUGAUGCAGAUGAAUCAAAUGGGGCAGAUGAGUCAGGUGGGCCAUAUGAAUCAGAUGAAUCAGAUGGGUCCUAUGAAUCACCCGGGCCAAGGCAUGCAGCAGCACCCACAGCAGCCCCCUUUUCAGAGCAGCGGAGGUUUUGGACUGAGUGGCAUGAACAGUCCUACAGGGAGUCCCAGAAUGGGCGGCCCCCAGCAGGGACUCCUAAUGUCACCGCGUAACCGAGGUAGCCCCAAGAUGGGGGCCAACCAGUUUUCACCUGGAGGCAUGCACUCUCCCAUGAGUGGCAUUGUAAGUGGUGGAGGAAGUGGAGGGAGCACCACCAGCUUCUCCAGCAGCUCCCUAAAUGCCCUACAAGCAAUCAGCGAAGGUGUAGGAAGUUCUCUUCACUCAACCUUAACAUCCCCAACGCCAGCUCUUAAACCCGACAGCUCUCCCAGCGUCCACUCCUCCUCUUCCUCUCAGCCCAGUCAGCCAGCCAAACCAGGCCAAGAUGGCUCCAAAAGCCCCGCAGGAAGCUUGGGACCAGGGCCCAGCGACCAUCAUCACCCUAUGCAUCAUCACCACCAUCAUCAACAUCCUCAGGCUGAGAGUUCUGGAGAUCGUCCAGACAGCCAGGCAUCUACAGCAACUAAGGAGUCAGGAGAGGGAGGUAAUGAGGCAGGUGCUGCAAGCUCUGAGCCCCCUCGGAGGGUGCCGGACAGUAAGGGGCAUAAGAAGUUGCUGCAGUUGCUGACUUCCCCGACUGAGGAGCUGGGAAUAGGUGGCAGUGGGCCAACAGGGCCUCCUGGGCCACCCCCACCGCCCGGCAGCAGCACUCCUGCAGGCUCAGAUAACAAGGACCCGGCCGCAGGCAUGACCAGCCCCACAUCUACUGGGGUCUCCUCCUCUUCUUCAGCGAGUGCCAAUCCAAGCCAGGCAGCUGGGCCAGGGGGCGCGUCAACAUCACUUUCGUCAGCCCACUACUCUGGCUCUCUGCAAGAAAAGCACAAGAUCCUUCACAAGCUUCUUCAAAAUGGAAACACCCCAGAUGAAGUGGCUAAGAUCACAGCAGAGGCUACAGGAAAGGCGUCACUGGGCAACCAGGAAGGUGGGGAGGCUGGACCAGGAGUCAGUACAGGGCCUGGGACUACCACAGAGCCCAAACAGGAGCAGCAUAGCCCCAAGAAGGAGAAGACCCAUGCCCUCCUACACUACCUCCUCAACAAGGAUGAUUCCAAAGAGCCGGCGGAUGUCAAGCCUAAGCUAGAAGAAUUAGAAGGAAAGGGUGCCCCGGGGGCUGCUGGCGGCCCUGCACGGGGUGGUCCUGGAUCUGGGACUGGCCCUGCACCUGAACAUCCUGAGAGCAAGAUCAAGUCAGAGCCGCCUGAUGAUUUGCACAAUCUGGAGUCCAUCCUUGGAGAUUUGAGGGGUUCAAACUCUGACUUCUACCCGGAUCAGGCUGGAGGGGGGAACGAAGCAGGAAGCAAACCACAGGGUUGCAUGGAUGACAGCCUGCAGGGAAGUCCAGGAAUGGGUCCUGGUCCUCGGGGGGCCUUCCAGAGGGCCAUGUCCAUGGAUGGGAAGCCUCCAGGUGGGCCUGGAGGACCAGGUAGACGCCCCAUGCUCAUCAAGCAGGAGAACAUGAUGGGCAGUAUGGAUGGCUACCCAGGAAACAUGGGACCAAUGAGCAGAGGCAUGGUUCCCCAGAGGUCUCCCACAGGGAGUUCAGGAGACUGGGGCAUGACCCGCUCUAGUACCAGUCCUGUGGGCUCAGCAGGACACCCCUCCAUGAUGCGCCCAGGCAUGGAGUACAACAACAACAAGGGCAUGAUGUCAGGACCUAUGGUCGGCCGCUCCAACAGCGUACCCGGCACCAGGUCUAUGCUGCAGCAGCAGCUCAUGGAAAUGGGAGGCUCUGCUGACAUGGGCAUGGGUAUGAGCCCAUUCAGCCAGCAAGGCCAGUCCAACCAGUCACCAUCCUGGCCAGAAUCUAUAAUGGGCAUGGAGGGUAACAGACGCCAGUUUGGGAACACCUUAGAUGAUCUACUGGUGCCUCCCACCACCAGUGAGGGACAGAGUGAUGAACGAGCGCUCCUCGACCAGCUGGACUCCCUGCUGAAUAACACAGACGGCAUCGCUCUGGAGGAGAUAGACCGAGCGCUGGGCAUCCCAGACCUCGUCAGCCAGAACCAGGGGUCUGAACAGCAGAUGGAGCCUUUUCCAGGGCAGGACCCAUCCAUGGUUCUGGAUCAGAAGCCAAUCUAUGGGCAGGGCUAUCCUGGACCCCCCUCCAUGCCGAUGCAGUCUGGCUAUGGAGGGAACCCCAUGCAGGGACAGGCCCAGCAAGGAGGGUUCGGGCCCAUGCUCUCUCAGAUGGGCCAAGGUGGCAGUUUCCCAGGCAUGGGUGGGAUGGGUGGCAUGGGACACCCCCGUGCCAACAUGAUGAGACCCAGGAUGAUGACGGCCAACAAGCCCAUGAGGCUUCAGCUGCAACAGAGGCUGCAGGGACAGCAGUUCAUGAACCAAACGCGGCAGGGCAUGGCCAUGAAGAUGGAGAACCCAGGGGGAAACCCUGGCAUGAGGCCCGGCAUGCAGCCUGCAAUGGGAGGACAGGGCUUCCUGAAUGCUCAGAUGAUGGCUCAGCGCAGCAGGGAGAUGGUCAGCAUGCAGAUGAGGAGGCAGCGUAUGAUGAUGCUGAUGCAGCAGCAGCAACAGCAGGCAGCAGCUGCCGCCGCUGCAGCUGCAGGUGGAUUCAGUCCCCCUCCAAACGUCACAGCUCCUGGUGGCAUGGACAACCCCAUGGGAGGGCCAAACAUGGGCCAGCCAGGCCCCCAGCAGUUUGGCUAUGGCGGGAACUAUGGGAUGGGCCAGCAGGGAGACCCCUCGUUUGGCCCCUCAGGAGGCAGUCCUCCGAACGCCAUGAUGGCCAGCCGCCUAGGUCCUCAAAACCCCAUGAUGCAACAGCACCCACAAGGUGGCCCAAUGUACCAGGGUGCAGACAUGAAAGGCUGGUCACAGGGUGGCAUGGGACGCAACAGUUCGUACCCUCAGCAGCAGUUUGGGCAGCAGGGACCUCCGGGGCAGCAGCAGUUUGGGCAGCAGGGGAACCCAGGCCAGUACGGAGGCAUGAUGAUGAACGGGGGCAUGCCGGCCAGCGGAGGAGGAGGUCACAUGGGGCAGAUGGGAGGGCAGAUGGGUAUGAACCCUAUGGUGAUGGGGCGCAUGUCUAUGGGGCCUGAUCAGAAAUACUGCUGAACAAGGUGACAGCAGCAUUUGUUUCACUGUGAUCUCAACCCAGAGAGAGGAUACAGCUGCAGCUCUGGAGUGUGAGGAGAAGGACCAGAUAGUGUGUGUUUGUGUGUGAGUGUAUGUGGGCAUGUGUGUAGUGCUGCACUCUUACCAGAUGGGGGAGUGAGCCUCCUUUUUGACUGGAGGCUGAUGAUGGCAGUCUGGCAACCUGAGGAAAAAAAACAGUCUCAAUCAUUCAUGAAGACACACAACAUUCAUUAGAAUCAGGAACACUGUGACACAGUUACACACGUUGAAGACAAACAUUUACAGCUCUGUGAUUCCUCUGUAGACUGUAGUUUUAAUGUUCCUCUCUUUUUUGUGUGUGUUGUGUGUGCCUCAGUAAACACACACGACACUCGCUGGACCAAACAUGGGCGAAUGUGUUGAGACAUCCUCUCUGUGUUGUCGAAUGUUCCACAGAGCUGUGUUCAGAUUUAAAAACGUCGGGAUUCCUCUCUUUGCUUCUGAACGUCGCCUCUCUGCUGCUCCUGGGACGACCUCUCUGCAUACACGACGUAGAGUAAACCCCGGCUCCAGAUGACAAGCCGCCAGAUUGUGACACUGACAUGAAUGUCAUUCAGCAGUAGCACAUUGUUUCGUCCUCCAGGACAACGCUGAGCUAAAGUAUGACUGAAUUACUCGUUGGCUGAUUGCACUUUAAGGAAAGGCCAACAACAAAAGGAUUGUGGCAAUAUAGAGGCCUUUUACCCAUGAGUUAAUGUAUAGCAGCAGACAUUUACUGUUUAGUUUUGUGUGUUUGUUCUCCAACUUUUCCUCUGUAAUGUUAAUGGGGCUUUUGAUUCGAAAUAGGUAACCUUUAUGAACUUUGUUCUAAAGUGAGAACCAGUAGAAAGGCAGGAAGCACAGAUUUUUUUGAACUGACUCAUAACAAGAGGAAUUAACAUUUUCUAAAGUUCCUCUUGAAACUGAUAGACUUCUAUUAAUGUUCAAAACCACACUUAUAUUUAUACAGUCAUGGUGCACCAGUUUUAAUGUGCCAGAUGUAGCUUUUAAAUCCAACUGUUGCAGAAACGUUAAUUACCAUGCAUCAAUUUACGGUAUUACAAACGUGGACUGUAUAAAACACGGAUGUAGUCUCAGAGACACCACCUGUUGGUUUCUAAAGAGGUGUUGUGAAGCCAAAAGAUGGAGGUCACCUGACCCAGUCUAAGCUUAAAGCAAGCAGAGGUGGACUUGAAGCCUUCACUUUUCUGCCAAGCAAACAGCUACAACACACCCAGCUGUGAGUCGAAUCAGCCACGCCCUUAGUUUUGCCGAACUCUGAUAACUCUUAGCCUUAAUAAAAUCAAAACAUGAGUUAUUGAAGAAGUCAUGGUCCGUACAUUUGGUAUGAAUACAAAACAGGGGUAUUAAAACUAAAACUAUUUUAUGUAGGAGGCUGAAAUGUGUUUGAUUCUGCUGUAAAAAUGGGCAUUUUAAUAUGGGCUUUGACAGGGAUCUCUUAAUUUUUGGAGCCAGCCUCAAGUGGACACUUAAAGAAGUGCAGUUUUUACACCUCACUGUCUGCUUCAUUUUUCAACAUUGGAGUUUGCCACCUGGUUUCUAAGAGUGCAGAAAUGAAAUUAAUUGCCCCUUGAAAAUUUUGCACUAAGCUCUCAUUGUAAGAGGAAAGUGUAUGUUGGAUUUCAGUGUGCAGAUUUCUAGCAAUGACCCUUCCUCCUGGUUUUCCUCUGAGGACAAAGCCCAUUUUCUCAAGGUGACGGCACUGCAGUAUUGGACAUGAUGUCUUGUUUGGAGCUAUUUUUUUCUUUUAUCUGUGAAUAUGAAUUGUAAAUAAGCUUCAAAUGUACUAUAUAUAAAUAUAUAUAUGCUUUUGUAGGUCACAUACUGUUUUUGCACAGAUUGUAAGGCUUGAUAUUUAAAAGUUUCUUAAUCUGUCAUGGGUCAGCUUUUACUUUUGAACAUUUGUUGAAACAGGAAGGGCCUCCUUUACAGUAAAUGUAGAUUUCACAUUCUGUCUCUCAGAAAGCAUUUUUGAGGGUGUGGUCUUAGCUUGAGAGGUGCUAGAGUGUAGUUUUGAUUUGAAUAAAUUAUUUUUUGCUGGACAGAAAAAGAAAACACAAAGUUUGCCUAUACAAAUGAUUUGACACAUGAUUGUGUUAGGCUUCUAGAGGCCCAAACGUCUUACCAGUAAUGUGGUGUUGAGGUUUCUCAACCGAACCUCUUGCUUCCAUGUGUGACUUUAAGUUUCACUUCUGAGAUUUCUGUGCUUUGGAUUUUGCUGAUUUGAUUGUUCAGCCUCAGAACUGAGACUUUGGUCCCACUUUAUAACUAUCUGCCUUUUAGGUUUGUCGCAGAUGUUGAAUCCUGAUAGAAGCUACACAUGAAGUUGUUUGAAUCCCUUAUUUCCUGUUGAUCUCUUGAGAGGGGACUUUUUUUUUACAUUUGAGUUUGCCUUUAUUUUUUGUUCUAUUUCCUGUGAAGCUUUUGUUGAAGAAUAUACUUUUGAACACAUGCUCAAUCCAAAGAUUUUUGUUUGUCAUUCUACAGUGCUUAGAAACAGUUCCUGACGUAGAUCGUGCAAGUACUCAUGUGUGCUUUAACUGUUGCACAUAACCUAUGAUAUUCAUCGAAAUAAAUAUGUUUAAAUGCAUAUAUUAUAUCCCCAUGAUCCGUAUGACAUAGAGUAGACAUGAGUCUGGUUCUGCUGAGGUGGUUUGAGUUUUUCGUUUGUGAUUGUUUUCUUCCUUUCUGUAAAUCUUAUGGCCAGUUGAAUUGUGGUGCUGCAAAUGGUUAUUUCACAAGCGAAUGUUGAGAUUUUUUCUAAGCUGGAAAGGAGGUUUCAUGAUUGAUGUCUUUAUGUCUCAGAAUAGUAGCUUGGAGUAUUUUUAAACCCCAAUCUCGAUGAAGAACAUCAGUUUAAUCCACAAAUAGAAAAAAAAAAGUUUUGCUGUAAAGAAAGAAACUCCUCUCAGUGCACCGUUGGCACUGAAGAAAGACAAAACACUUCUGGUAAUCAGUCAUUAUUAAAGGAUGUACAAUACUAUUGCAUUUUUUCUUACCUUGUUUCUUGAUGUUAAUAUCAAUGUAAAUACAAAUUUAUAUUUAAACAUUA